CUAGGAGCGAUUCGCCACAAAGAAAGUAUCUGUUUCUCGGUGUUUUAUCGGCGACUGUUACCAGAAACAAACAUAUUUCAUCUCUUGAACUUACAAAAACACAAACCUAAGUUGUUUUUGUGAUUCCUGCUUCCUGUUUUAGGGCAUUUCGGAAAGUGUAGUUAGCUACUUGACAGGUUGUUAGCUCACUGUUAGCCUGUGACGUUGUUCGUUGAAACAACUUCGCCGCAGCUGAUUUAUGUUUUCUCCAAGAAAAUGUUGGACGGAUCUCCUGCGAACGGUGACGAAGCCAAUAUCGGCAACGUGGAAAACAACAACCCGAUACCGAGCUGUAAAGCCAAGCAAGCGCUGCCGAAGAGGGGAAGCAGGAAGCCGCUGCUGCAGCACCAGAAACCCCCGAGACACUGCCCGAACAUCCGGCUGUCAGACCACAACAACACCGCCACCCUGACGGCCUCAGCGGGGCUCAGACACCCGGCCCAGUCCGCGUCUCACCUGCCCUCUGGGACCCAGACGGUUCUGACCCUCCAUCAUGUCAAACAAGGCGCUAAGAAAGAGGUGCUGAAGCCCAAAGGUGUCCAGGCGCCCCGUCACCUCCCACGACACGAUCAACUCGCCCACAAUGUGAACACCAGGAGCCACAAACCCAAACAGAGCCAGUCGCCUGCCGCUUCCCCCGCCGCUAAAAGGAACGACAACCGCACUCCCAAGAAGCCUUCGUCUUCCGUCGAACCCAAGAAACCCCUGAACGCCUCAAACAACGUCCCCAUCCCAACCGUCAGCUCCGCCGAAGCCGAAUACCUCAAAGAUUGUGAAAAAAUUUACGCCGGGGCGAAGUUCAGCGAGCCGCCGUCGCCCAGCGUCUUACCCAAACCGCCCAGCCACUGGGUCGGAGAGGACGGGCCGGAGCAGAACAGUGAGAGCCGGGAGCAGAUGAGCGUUCACCUCAAGUCUCUGCUGAAGGUUCAGGACUGAGUAAGCGAGGCGGUUUCCUCUGAAGAGAUGAACCCAGUUUGACCGUUAGCACUGCAGUAAGAUGUGGGGAGUUUUCCUCUGAUCCAGUUUUCCAUUGAAACGCUCUGCCUGCGUGUGUGAACACCUCAGCCGCGUUGUGUUGCUGUUUGCUCUUCCUGACAUGCUGUGUAUGUCAGAUUUGCACAUGGAAGCGAGAAUUGUGUGAUUUUGUUAGUGAAAGUGUGUUUUUGUUUGAGCAGCAGCAGAAACACAGCCACUGUUUCAUGUUUACAUUAUGCAAAGUGAUGGCACUUUGUUCUCCACCUUGAAAAGGCAGCCAUGUUUUCUUUUUUAAGCUUAUGUAAAAUGUACAUAAUAUAUUAUAAACGUAUGAUUGUGUAUAUUUCCUGUUGUUACUGAGAUUUUAGUUUUAUUACUGAGGACUUUCUGAAAACAGACAAAAAAAAACCUUGUCCCCUGCAAACUGAAGCACUUUGUUCCAGCUCCUUCAGUGAGAGACGGAAAGACUUUUCUGAUGGAUUUGCACUGAAAACGAUGAAGAGGAAAGCUAACUCUGACGUCCCAAAGCUCGACCGGACACUCUGACGUUCUCACCAGCCCACUUCCACCUCCUGACUGGCUGCUGCAGGAACGACACUCCACAAAAAGCCAUAGCCAAGAUCCGAGCCGCCGGCCGACAUUUCUUCUUCUUCUCCUUUCUGUGAACUGGGGUCCAAACAAUGAAGAGUCUAAUCAGGGACUGGCGUGACCUCUGACCUGAGGCCAUCAUGUAAAACAAUCUCACUGCAGUUGCAGAACGCUCCGGCCACACAAAGUGCUUGUUUAACGGGUUUUGCACUGAAUUCAGGGUGUGUUCACAUGAAGCUUGGAUAGAUGAACGUUUUGGCUCCUUCAUUAAUGAAAGAUGUUUUUAUGCCACAUCAUUUUCUCCUGCUUUAAGUUCAGAAAGUGAUGCAUCAGAUUGUUACAUUUUCAAAUUGAUUCCACAGUGAGCUGUAAAUUAGCAAAAUCAUUUUUUACACAUUUAAAUUUAGUUUAUUAAAUGGCAUUUUUUUAAGAUUACUAAGCAAAAUUAAACAUUCAAGUGUUGGUCACCAUCAGAAUGACAAAAGCUUCUCUGCGGCUCAUGUUUGGAAAAAUUGACGCACACUUUUUUGUUUUAUUAGAGUUAAAAAGUAGUGGAUGUUGAAUCCCAGAUAUCAUGACGCUCUAUUCCAGCUUCAUGUUGACCGUCUGACUCUGAGAGGGGAUUUAGUUUCACGUGUACUUCAUUUCACUCUCCUCCUCCUGUCCUGUUUGUUCUCCGUUAUGAUUUCCAUUUAUGUUUACUGAGGACUUCUUGUUUUACAGUCUGUCUUCUUUCCAGUGAGUAUUUUCUGAUUUUUUUUUUUCCCGUGGCGGUUUUGAUGGUGGACGCAGGCGGCUGCCGGUUCUGUUUCUGACCUCUGUGAUGUCAUCAGUCUGAUGGGAAAUUGUAUUAAUGUAGCAAACUUUACAUUUUAUUGCAGUGUUUCACAAUCAUUUUCUUCCAGUAAUAUUCUCAUUGGCACAAUUAGGAAAAAACAAAUGUUUUAAAGAAAUUAAAAAUGAAUUUUUAAAUUGAAAUGAGAUUAAAAAUUGGCUACCCCUAUGAUGCGUCUGUGAUCAUUACAAGACCUGAAUCAGAAGACCUUUGAGUUUAAGAUAAAAAAAUAGCAAAAUUAUCUCAAAUUUGUUUUAUUGGAGAUUUUUCUGCAUUAAAUAUAAUCAUAGAGCUAACUGUUGGCAUGAUUGGUUUGAUUAUGAAAUGAUGGAAAAAGGUUUCACUGAAACAGGAAAUGAAACCUUCAGCAGUCCAGUUUCAAGUUGUAUUAAAGCUGUUAGCAUCAUCUAGUGGACAGAAUGCUGAACAGCAUCACCUUUCCGGGUUCAUCCAUCUUCAAAUCUGUAUUAAUAAUAAUAUGAAA